ACCAAAGUAAAAAUAUUUGUAGAAAAAAUUGCUAGUCUAAAUAAGGGAAAAAUUCUGGACUCCCCUAAUAAGCCAAAAACAAAAAUGCCAGCAAUGAAGGAUUCAUAUAUAGUUAAAAUAGCGGUUGAGAUGACUGAUCAGGUUGCUCAACUCAUUGAAUUCAAUCAGAAGCAACCUUUGAGUGGAAUUAUACAAGAACUAUGCAAUGGGUGGAAUCUCUCUGAUCCUGAACAGUAUGCUUUACAAUUCAAUGAGAAUAAUAACAAAAAUUAUAUAACUGAAAAAAAUAGGAAUGAAAUCAAGAAUGGAUCAAUUUUACGUCUACAGUUUUCCCCUUCGAAAACUGCUCAAGAUAUUUUACAAAAGCUCCAGAAUGGCACACCGGAAGAAAAGUCCCGGGCUGUUAGUAACUUAUCAAGUUUGAGUUCUGACAUGACAUUUGCUUUUGAUUUCAUCAAUAAACAGGGGUUGUCUCUGAUAAUUAAGCAAAUUGAGGGAGGUAAAUGUAAAGGAACUAUUUUAGCGCAUACUCUACUAUCCUUUGUUGAACUCAUGGAACAUGGUAGUGUUUCAUGGGACAUACUGAAUGGGGAAUUUAUUACAAGAGUAGCAAGUCUAGUAAAUUCCAAACAAGAGCCUCAAGUUACUCAGGCAGCCUUAUCAAUAUUAGAAAAUGUAGUGUUGAAUAGUACUGAAGGAUAUGGUCAAGUUGAAAAAGAGAUUCCAAUUGGUUCUUUAGUAGAACACCUUCAAGCAACACCAGUAGUGCAACAAAAUGCCGUUGCGCUGAUUAAUGCUCUCUUCCUCAAAGCCGAUAUGGUAAAAAGGCGUUCAUUAGCAGCUACUUUAGGUUCGAAGCAGUUUAGGAUGUGUAUUCAGCAUAAUAUAUUGCAAACAGGAGCUGCAGAAGGAGCUGAAAUGGCUCAUCAGCUGUACGUGUUACAAACCUUGAUGUUGAGUUUACUUGAACAGAGAAUGUCAACAAAAAUGGAUCCUCAGGAUCAGGAUGGCCAUGAUAAAAUCAAAGAACUCAGGAGAAUUGCUUUUGAUAGUGAAAGUGCUGGAGGAACAAGAUUACCCACAGGUUCUACGAGAGACUACAAGAAGUUAGGUUUCAAAAACGACAUUAAUCCUGCUCUGGAUUUCACUGAAACCCCCCCUGGUUUGCUGGCAUUGGAUUGUAUGAUUUACUUCGCAAGAAACCACCCUGAAAGUUACAUCAAGUUAGUGUUGGAAAAUAGCUGUAGAGCGGAUGAGCAUGAAUGCCCAUUUGGUAGGGCAAGUGUUGAGCUGGUCAAGAUUCUUUGUGAAUUAUUAAAAAUUGGGGAGUCUCCAUCUGAACAAGGUGCGUCAUUCCAACCAUUGUUUUUCACCCAUGACCACCCAUUUGAAGAAUGCUAUUGCAUUUGCAUACUUUUACUCAACAAAACUUGGAAAGAGAUGAGGGCAACGUCAGAAGACUUCUGUAAAGUUGCCAGUGUGGUUCGUGAACAGAUCGUUCGGGCUCUUGCAGAUACGCCUUUGUCUUUAGAUCAGUUAAAAGCAAGACUUCAAACUCUAACUUACAGUGAAAUUACUCAAUUGUGGCAGCUGGAAAGGACCUCCAGGGAGGAGUGGGAAUCUCAUGCUAGACCCAUUGUUGAACUACGGGAACAAAUCACCCCGGAGAUUGUUUCUCUUAUAAAACAGCAAAGACUUGCUUUUCUUGUGGAGGGAACACGUUUCACCAAAUAUUCCACCAGAGGGCAGCGUAUCAAAGACAAAUUUUGGUUCAUGAGGUUAUCCAUCAAUCACAAAGUUCUCCAUUAUGGAGACUGUGAUGAAAAAAGUACUCCAUCUGCUGAAGAAUUACCAUCCAAAUUGGCAGUUUCUGACAUAAGGGCUUUAUUAACUGGUAAAGAUUGCCCGCAUAUGAAGGGUAGAAAAGCGUGUCAUCAAUUAGCCUUUUCCUUAGCUCUUGAAGUUGUGGAUUUGCAGUCUUUAGAUUGCGUUGCACCGGAUGAAUUAACUUACGCCUAUUGGACUGAUGGAAUUAACGCUUUGCUGGGGAAUCGAAUGCAUAGCAGAGAGUUUGACAAAGAUCUGGAUACCCUCCUUUCCAUGGAAAUCAAGUUGAGGCUUUUAGAUGCCGAAGGUAUAACUAUACCGCAAGAACCGCCAGUUGUUCCACCAGAACCUGCAAAUUAUCAAUUUUGCUACGAUUUGAAAUGAAGAGAUAUUGAGAAAGUAUGACUUUGAAUAUGUUUUAUGGUACAAUUAUAGGAUUAAGGUAACUCCGUGUAUAUGGCGAUUAAAUUGAGAAAUUAUAGUUCAAUACAUAAUAAUAAUUUUGUACCAGAGCCCAUUUUUAUGGUUUUUUUUUAAAUAAUUUAUUAAUAUACUCAAAACUAAAUUUUAAAAUAUAUCGAAUUACAUCCUUUCAAUGAUAUGUGUGUGGAAGAUGAUAAUUCAAUUACAUGUUUAUUGCAAUAUUAAAAAAUUUUACUCAAAUUAUUUUAGUAAGAUAUGUUUUCGAAUAUUUAUGAUUUUAUAGUAGACCAUUACCUACUAAGAUAUACUUAUAUGAAUAUGAAAAUAAAUGACUGCUUUCCAGCUAAUUUAUAUAUUUUAUGAUCUUCUACUUAUUGCAUGUUUUUAUGAUGAUUAUUAAACUGUCAUCUCAGCUAAUUUAUAUAUUCUAUUAUCUUAUUAUUCUAUUUUUUUUUUUUUGAUAAAUUCUUGAACUGUCAACUCAGCUAAUUUAUAUG